AUGAAGAACCUCGAGCCAGAGGAGGAGGAGGAGGAGGAGGAGGAGGAGACCUCGGGCAUCAAGCCACCGGUCUCGGAUGACGAGGAGGUAACGCACAGGGCGGAGAACGCGACAGGCUCCAAGGCUACCGUAACGCCCAGCAGUGCCGGCGUGAAGAAUCUCGAGCCGGAGGAGGAGGAGGAGGAGACCUCGGGCAUCAAGCCACCGGUCUCGGAUGACGAGGAGGUAACGCACAGGGCGGAGAACGCGACUGGCUCCAAGGCUACCGUAACGCCCAGCAGGAGGACGAGGACGAGGAAGGCGAAGCCGGAGGAGGAGGAGGAGGAGGAGGAGAAGACUUGGGGUAUCAAGCCACUGUUCUCGGAGGACAAGGAGGGGACGCACAGGGCGGAGAACGUGACUGGCUCCAAGGCCACCAGGCCGCCCAGCAGUGCCGGCGUGAAGAACCUCGAGCCAGAGGAGGACGAGGAUGACGAGGAGGAGGAGACCUCGGGCAUCAAGCCACUGUUCUCGGAAGACGAGGAGGUAUCGCACAGGGCGGAGAACGUGACCGGCUCCAAGGCCACUGGUCCGCCCAGCAGUGCCGGCGUGAAGAACCCCGAGCCGGAGGAGGACGAGGAGGAGACCUCGGACGUCAAACCGCUGCUCUCGGAGGACGAGGGUGAGGUUGAGGUCUCGCAGGCGCGGGCGUCGGCGGAUCGUGGCAGGUAA